AUGCAAACCAUCACCAUCCAUGCCAUUGAAAGGGGCCGUGCCCCAUCUAGCCUGCCACGCAGCGCCAGGGAACUCGAAAUCGCACACUUCGACGUCAUCAUACCCCCAACCAUUCCCCUGCGCGUAGGCCAGAGCGUCCGCGUCAACUCCCUGACGGAGGCAAGAGAGGCGGGGAACGUGGAGAGAGAGGCCUACACCCCUGCGUGGUACGAAUCCACCGCCACGGGGAUUGAAGGGAGGGUGAUAGGCAUCCGAACGAUGGAGCUGGCAAUCACGGAGUUCAUCAUCAGAAACAACGACCGCCUGUCCCUCGUCGAACAUGCAUACCUCUCCAUACAGCACGUCCAAGGGAUCACGGUCCACCUAGGCCUCUGGCAGAACAUUGGCCGCACCCUCCUGCUCCCUUUCCUCCCCCACACGCGCCACAUCCCCAUCGAGCGCGACGCAAUCGUACAGCAGGACGAGUGA